AUGCAGUUGACAACAUGGCUAUUAGUUUCAGCCGGGGCCUUCCUGGUGGUUAGCAGUACCCCAGUGGAGAAAAGAGCACCACCAAAGACAUUCUCACUUCAAUUUGACGUGGUGCCCGCGAGAAACUCGAGAAAGAGAGACGAGCUCGUGCCGCUCGGAAAAGACGAUUUCCUGUGGCAAUACCAGACAAUGGUCCACUUGGGCUCCAACAAGCAAAAGAUCACGGUGGCUCUCGAUACGGGCAGUUCUGAUUUGUGGGUGCCGGCGCAAGGCGUCACUUGUCAAAGGGCCGGAUGCGACAGCGAUGGCACUUUUGACCCCACUUCUUCUCUGACUUUCCAUAGAACGGGCACUCUGUUUGCAUUGACGUAUGGAGAUGGAACGAGUCUGCGAGGUUACUAUGGCAAAGACGAUUAUUGGUUCAGUGAUGGCACCAAGCUUCCGCAGUUCCAAUUUGGGAUAGCGACCCAGGUCUCCACAAGUAACGGAUUGUUUGGUAUUGGGAAACAAGCGGGAGAAGCUGCUAAGCCCCAGUAUCCCAAUUUCCCCUAUGCUUUGAAAAAUGCUGGUAUUGUUGACGUUGCUGGCUAUUCCUUGUACUUGAAUCGUCAACAGGCCAACACGGGCAACAUUGUCUUUGGAGGCGUUGAUACCGCAAAGUACUCCGGAAAUUUAACGGUGAUGGACAUUGCCAAUUACCAAUGGCUCGGAGCAACUCUCAGCUCUAUCAAAAGCACCAAUGGCCAGAAAAUCAGCAUCAACAAACCUGUUUCCUUCGAUAGCGGAACCACAUAUCUUAUUUUGGAACAAGACUUGGCCAACACCAUCUUCUCAGCACUCGGCUUGGACGGCAACGGACAGAUUGCAUGCAGCGACAUCAGCGAUGACCAAACGGCCGAUUUCACUUUUGGCGGCAGCGUGACUAUAUCCGUCCCCUACAGCGACUUGUUUGACUCGUACGACGGGGUAACGUGCUUUGCCCGUAUCUACACCAGCCGGCUCGGCAGUUUCUUUGGCGACACAUUCUUGCGAAGCGCAUACGUGGCCUUCAAUUUGGAGAGCAAUAAGCUCGGUCUAGCGCAGUCGAAGUACACCGCUGACUCCAAGAUUGUCAACUUCUGGUUUUAA